ACAGCCUGAAUUGCCUCAUUGUUGCCUGUGUACCUGCAGCAAGAUGAAACUGUUCAUGGCCAUCAUUUUCUGCUCUUUGUUUCUCUGCGUCAGCAGCAACACUUUGUUCUCAAACGCUGGUCAAGCGGUCAGAGACAUGCAGAGAGCCUACAGAGAGAGGCAAAAGAACAAUUACAGAAAUUUAGGCAAAUCAACCAUUCCGAGGUGGAACUAUAAUGAUGGGCCAAGGGGCGUGAUUCAGAAAGAUUUAUCUGAAAAUCAGAGACUUUUUGAAGCAUGGACCAGUGGCCAUGGACUGCAAGAUUCCUUGGAUAACCAAUUUGCCAAUGAAUGGGGCAGGAGUGGCAAAGACCCCAAUGACUUCCGGCCUGAAGGCCUGCCUAGCAAGUACUGA